CAACUUGAAUGAAUUGAUGUUUAAGUAAGUUUUUAUUGUUACGAUAUUUUGUAUAAAAUCAUAUGGUCAAUUUGUUUUAUUUAUUUAUUUAUUUAUUUUUUUGCAAGAUUAUAUUCUUUUGACAAAUCGUCGUUAAACGUCUGCGAUCGCAAAAAUCGAAGAGAGAGGAGAACACGAUACGAGAGUUCAAUCGUGAAAAUUAAGAUCAUCGGAUCGUGAGAAUUAAGAUCAUCGGUUCUCUCGAUUGGUUUGUUUUUAUAACUUGCACUAUCUUUGCGCGGAUUGUGCAUAUAUUUUGCAUAAGUUGUUUUAUCGUCGCGUGACUAACAUCUCUUGUUUCUGUUAAACUCUUUUUCUACUUUGAUAUUCUCGAUAAAAUCGUCGACGAUGAUUCAUUGUUAUUCAUAAUAUGUACAUCGUGUAAGUUCGCGCAGCAAAUUGCGAGGUGUCCGCGAACUAUCCGCGCAGUUGUUUUCAGUACGCUUUUGAAAAUGCGGCCGACAACGAUAUCGCGGUUUCUGUUCCUCUGCGGCUUCUCCGGCGUGAUGACGAAGCCCAUGAAAUUCGAUAUUUUCCAGUCCCUCGACCAAAUCAGCGGGUUUUUCAAAACGACGCCUAGAGACGAAGAGAGAAAAAUCAACGCGACCGUCAAUUCUUUCGAGUAUUACAACACGCCGCAAAUUAUCAGAAGAGCUGGUUAUCCAGCGGAGUCUCAUGUUAUACAGACAGAGGACGGUUACCUCUUGACUUUGCAUCGUAUUCCGGGUGACAACAACUCGACACCCGUGCUGCUGCAGCACGGCUUGUUGUGCAGCUCGACAGACUGGGUGAUCGCCGGCAAAAACAGAGGACUCGCUUUCAUACUGGCUGAUCAGGGAUAUGAUGUGUGGUUGGGCAACAUACGUGGUAACACGUACUCGAGAGCGCACGUUCAUCUGUUGCCCUCGGACUCUGAGUUCUGGAACUUCAGUUUUCACGAAAUGGGUAUGUACGACUUACCGGCAAUGAUCUCGUAUAUUACGAAUUUGAGAUCGCAACUAUUGCACACGUACAUCGGCCAUUCAAUGGGCACGACCAUGUUCUACGUGAUGGCAUCGAGUCUUCCACACAUUGCUGAAAAUGUAAAAAUGAUGAUCAGCCUCGCCCCCGUCGCUUUUCUGAACCACAUUCAAAGUCCUGUACGAUACUUCGCUCCCAUUGCAAGCAGCAAGAUUAUCGAUUAUCUCUUUGGCAAGGACGAGUUUUUGCCUCAGAACAUAAUAGUGAAAAUUCUAGCGAACGGCUGUCGCGUGAAACUUUUCCAGAAAAAGAUCUGCGCAAACGUGCUGUUCUUAAUCUGCGGCUUCGACGAGGAGCAAUUCGAUUACAAAUUGCUGCCUGAGAUCUUGCAUUACGUUCCGGCUGGCACGUCGACCAAGACGGUGAUACAUUACAAUCAGGAGAUGGUUUCGGGCAAAUUCCGUCAGUACGAUUACGGUUCCAAGAAGAAUCGGGUGAUCUACAACGCAACGGAACCGCCGGAGUACAAUUUGUUCAACAUCACGGUGCCGAUCGCGCUGUUCUACGCCGAUAACGAUUGGCUGGCGGAUCCCCAGGACGUGAAAAGGCUCUACGGCAAGUUGCCCAAUGUGAUCGAUUUGUACAGAGUACCAUUUCCACCGUUCAAUCAUCUGGAUUUCAUCUGGGCGAAAGACGUACGCCUGCUCGUGUACAAGAGAGUGCUUGAGAUUAUGAAGACCGGUAAAUCACCGAUGACCGAAUCAUAAGCAGAAUAUUUUACAAUUAGUCGUAUAUAUAAUUUUUCAUACGUUGUUAUAUACGUUCGUAUAACACUUACGUGCGUUCCGAUGUUUAAUCAAGGUCCUCUUUAGUGUUAGUUAGUUGUGCUACCUCGAAAGAUUUGCGACUCGAGACUAAUUAAUGUGCGUUCACACAAAUCGACUCAUCGUCGUAUCGAAGACGGGUCUGAUGACGGCCAACUCGGCAAAGAGAUAAAUUUAGUCAAUCUAUGUAAAAAGAAAGAAAUUGAGGAUGGUGUGCAUACGUGCGCGAUAGAAAUAAAAUAAACGUAACAUUUAAUAGCACGGAGAGAAAGAAUUGUUGACAAUUGAAUGUCGAACUACUUCUGGAAGAGAACAAUCGUAGGUUUUUGUUUUUAAAUUUGAGAAAUAAUAAAAUAUGAGACUUCGAGUUCGUCUCACACACUGUCACCUCGAUAAGGUUUUACUCUUAAGUUAGCAAUAAGUGAUUUUCAACUGUGAUUAGUCAGUUGCACCAAGACGCAACUGGUCGUUUUAAUACGUCGACCGAGUAUAAGUUGUAAAUCUGUAGAAAAAAUUGUAAAUCUCUGUAGAACUAUAUCCAAUAAAAAAAAGCGAACGCAAUGCGAAUCAGCGCGUUG